AUGACUGCCAGAUUCUCAUCUUCGCUGCGCAACCGCCCUGCAUGGAUCUCGGCUGUCGAUGUCCUAUACAAGGCGCACCAUGGGGUUAAAUGGAUAGAAAGCAAAAUGAAAACCCAGGAUUUGGUCAUGUCAUCCGCCGGGACAGAGAACACAGACAGCGAGGCCUGCUUCCAUUUCCUUCUCCUCUCUCCUGCCGAGCUGGACAAUCCAGCCACGCAGACACGGCUGGAGCGGUUCUGCAACCUUGCUACCCAAAUAGCUAUCGUAUUUCUUGAUGAGACUGACUCUAGCGCAUUUGUGGGUUUUCAAAUCCGAAUGAUGCAAAGCAAGCUAGAUGUCCCCGUCAUCCCAAUUAGGUCUACAGCGUCGCUACCCAGGACCGUAAUGGCCUUCCACCAACGUUUCUCUGCGGCCCAUCCACGGAUUACACGACCACAGGCUGUCAGAACUCUCCUGCCGUUCUGCACCAUCAACCCCCCGAUCCGAGAGCACAACUUCAACAUGCUAAGCGACAUUGUGCCCAGCUUCAAGGGCAUGGUCGAGGCGAUAUCUACCCGCCAGGGACAGGAUGAACUUUGCAGUUAUAUCGGCCAAAGUGACGCGAAUGAUGUUAUCAAGUUCUGGACUGCUGAAUAUGCAGCAUGA